AUGCCUCAGGACUUGUUUCGGCCAUGGCUUGCUUCGGAUACCAUCAAUGAGACGUCCAAAAUGUUUACCGUCGAUAAAAUAUUGUACGACGGACCUAAACAGGACGAUGAGAGCGUAAGAUCUCUGCCCAAGUCAACAACUUUGACAAAUAGUGUCUCUGCUGCUUUAACAGUAUCCGAGGACGAAGGUUCUACGUCAUCAAGUGCAUUAGAACGUACGUCUUUCGUAAAUCCAGACAUUGCGACACUGGGAUCGUCGUCGUUUGCAAAUCCAGAUGUUACCAGACCGCCACUCGUAAGUCCGAACACUACGGAACUAUCAUCGAAUCUGGGUGCCGAGGAAUUAUCAUCGGCAAUAAAUUCUAUGGUGCCUGAAUUCCUUCAUACUUUUCCUAAUUUAUAUCCGGUGGUUCAUCUGGGUGUUCAUAAUGGAGUUUAUUGCGGAGCCCAAACAGGGUCCAUCUACUCGAGCAUACUUGCUUCUGGAUUGUACAAUCGAUCCGUCGAAGAGGCAGUACAGAUGGUUCAUCGACAGGAUGUCGCCGUUAAACAAAUGAAGAAGAUGCGUCCCAAAAAGUUUCGGUGUCAACAUUGCAAUAUGGCGUUUAGCAACAACGGUCAACUCAUAGGCCACGUUCGCAUACAUACAGGUGAGAGGCCGUUCAAGUGUGACUUUGAGUCCUGCGAGAAAUCAUUCACGAGGAACGAGGAACUCACAAGACAUAAGCGAAUUCAUACCGGUGUGCGUCCGCAUUGCUGCUUACUUUGUAGUAAGCGAUUUGGUCGCAAGGAUCAUUUGAAGAAACAUACAAGGACUCAUGAACCUCGCGAUCCAUACCGCAUCCCGACGGCAGCGCUAGGCGUACUCGCCAUCAGCCAGUUACAGCAAACCGGCGAACUUUCGCCGUAUGUGUAUCAUGUUUAAUGCAGAGUAUUUUGAUAAAAGAAAGAAAAAAAAACUAGUCGCCAAGACUAUUAAAUCUCAAAUUUUCAUAAGAGCACGAUAAUCGAAAACACAAA